CCUAGUCUGCUCCUCUGCUCCUCCUGUUGCUGCUCUCCCUCCUGCUCCUCGCCGCUCCUGCUUCUGUUCCUCUCCAUUGCCUAUUGCUGUUUGCUCCUUCUCCCCUGCAUCGCGCGAGCUUGGUGCUUGUGCAAGAGAAUCGGACUCGAGCCCCGACCUGGCGCCCCACGGCGGCGGCAUUGGGGUGGCGUCUUCGGGGCGAUUGUCUCGUUCAGGGAGAUUCCCUGAGACGUGCCGGCACGCGGCCUGUGUGGGUGUGGUGGAGCUGCGUGCCACGAGCUGUGCUGCGGCGUUAUUUGACGAGACGCGCUUUUAAGAGCGAUCUGCAUUGUGAGGUUUGGCCAAUUGCCUUUUUUAGGACACAAGUCGCUGGUGCACGCACGCAGGGAGCGAGCGGUGAUGGAAGGCGCGGGCAGCGGAGCCGCGCUGCUGGGGAGCGCCGACCCCAAGGCCGCGGCUCUGAACGAUCGCGGGGAGGAGGCGGACGCCAAGGAAGGAGCGGCGGGCGAGGCGGCGGCGCUGGGAGCCGACGAGGAGGACCCGUCCUCGCCCGCCGCCCGCGCCAAACUUGAGAGAGAGAAAGCGGAGCGCGCACGGCAGAAGCACGACGAGGACGAGAUCCAGAAGAUGCAGAUCCUGGUGUCGUCAUUCUCGGAGGAGCAGCUGAACCGCUAUGAGAUGUACCGGCGCGCAGCCUUCCCUAAAGCCGCCUUCAAACGGCUCAUCCAGUCAAUAACGGGGUGCUCGGUGUCACAGAACGUUGUGAUUGCCAUGUCUGGCAUCGCCAAGGUCUUCGUGGGGGAAGUUGUGGAGACAGCGUUGGACGUGUGCGAGGAGUGGGGAGACACACCUCCCCUGCAGCCCAAGCAUCUGCGGGAAGCGGUGCGACGGCUCAAGGCACGUGGGCAGAUUCCCAACACGAAAUACAAGCGGGUGCUAUUCCACUGAAUGUACCACACAACACCACCUCCUGCCACCUGUCCAGGGCAACGAGUAGACCGCCAUCUACCAGAAAGAGGGGCGCAUGUGCACCUCACGACAGCAUAUGUAGUCUGCACUAAGCGCAGUUAUGCGGCCUUUAUUUAACUGCAGUGGGCUACGUCAUGUUCCACAAUUUUGACUGGAGUACAAAUACCUCCACCAUUUGUUUACAUUUGUCGAGCGUCAAUGUGCAAGAGUUAGUCACACACCCUAACUUAGUUUACCUCCGUCAGGUAAACAAAUAGGUGGCAAGACAUGAAAGGUCAUUAACACGACAUGCCGUGGCGUCAUAUUGUGGUAGACGCUGCACUGCUAAACGUCCAUGCGUUGUGUUGCUGCCCCCCACGUCCUCAUCGCUGCAGCUCACGCCCAGCUUCCUAACCCAUAAUUUUGCCCACCGGACAAAGGAGGGCUAGGGGCCCCAGGGGGGAGCUUGAGGGUCACGUGGUUGGGGGCGUGGCCUGGGGCGGAGCCGGCCAUGCCACGGGAGUUAUAAGCGGGUGUGAACAGGGAGCUGGGCUGUUCUACCCCGGGAUGAAGACAUCAGCAGUCGAGUCUCCGAUCGUUGUUCGUGACCAGGCAGCCUGUCUCCUGCCUUGGUAACGCUCUGUAGUAUUCCCCGAGUGUUCGUGAGAUUGGGAACAGUGGUCACCACCCUGUAUAUAAUGUUCACGUUGGUUGUUAAUAAAUAGUGUUGCCUCCAAGUUAAGUGUGCCUCAAUUGAACCCACGACAAUGUAAUACGCUCAAAUUUUUUCUUUUGUAAAAGUGACCAUUAACUAUUUCGCCAUGAGCUGUUGCAUUUUUUUACAUGUAAUAUUUUUUUGUUAAUAAAAAUGGCAUCAAUAAACGUGUAAAAUAUUGAAAAUUUUA